UGUUGGUUGAAGUCAUGAACUGAAAAAAGAACGAAUCACUUGAGGAAGUGAUCCGUUCACUCACGUUCACUGAAAAGAGUCGUUCUUUUGAACGAGUCGUUCACUCACGAGCCAACACGACAACGCGCUUCCUCGCGGGAAGAGACAAGGUAAGGAGCGGGACGCGUCGGCGAGAGGUGGCGCUAGUAGCGGUGGCCUCACGUCGAUUUGGAUGACACCGGUUCCGCAACCGCAUGAAAGAGUGGCGUGUUCGAGAAGCCUCGACCUGUUGUCAACAGAGAAGGGAGUGUUGUGGUUGAUGCUCGACAGCCGUAGUCCGCGCGCAUGCAACAGAAUGGCGCGAGCAGUUCGAACGGCUCCGAAGACGGCGGCGGUGGGGAGCGACAGUCUCCAUCCCGAAGCCCCCUGCUGCCGGCGGCGACGACUCGGGUGAGACGCUUCAUCCAGGAACGGCGAACGCUGCCGCUGCCCAAAGUCAUGGUGGUGUUCUCGGCCGCUGGUGACGCCGAGAAAGCCAACGAUGCCAUGGCCGACGACGACUCUGGGAAGCCGACCACUCCGGCGGGGGCGGCGGCGGCAGCAGUGACGAACGUCUGCAGGAGCAAGCCGGCCUGCUGCCCGCUGGACGCCAAGCAGGAGCAGGAGCUUCCAGAGGUGGUCUCUCUGAACGUGGGCGGCUCUCACUUCACCACCCGGCUGUCGACGCUGCGCCGCUACGACGACACCAUGCUGGCCGCCAUGUUCAGCGGGCGCCACCACAUCCCGCGCGACGCCGACGGGCGCUUCUUCAUCGACCGCGACGGCACCUACUUUGGGGACAUCCUGAACUUCCUGCGAGAGGGCGAGCUGCCCCAGCGCGAGCGUGUGAGGGCGGUGCACCGCGAGGCGCAGUACUACUCCAUCGCUCCUCUGCUGGAACGCCUGGAGGACACGCAGCCGCUCACCGGAGAAAAAGUGCGCCAGGCCUUUCUCGACCUGCUUCCCUACUACAAAGACAAUCUGGAGCGGAUCGUGGAGAUUGCCAAGCUGCGCGCCACGCAGAAGAAGGCACGCUUCGCUAAGCUGAAGGUUUGCGUCUACAAGGAAGAGAUGCCCAUCACGCCGUACGAGCGGCCGCUCUUCAACUCGCCACGCUUGGAGCGCGCCGGCGAGGGCGGCGAGGCCAAGCUUUUCGAGCACCACUGCGAGGUGGACGUGUCCUUUGGGCCGUGGGAGGCGGUGGCCGACGUCUACGACCUGCUGCACUGCAUCGUGGGCGACCUGGCCCGCCGCGGCAUCGCCGCCGAGCAGCAGUGCAUCGGCGUGUGCGACAAGCACCUCGUCAACCACUACUACUGCAAGAGGCCCAUCUACGAGUUCAAGAUCACUUGGUGGUGAGGGCGGCGCCCUCGCCCCAUUUCGCUUCGACCUCUGGGAUUCAAAUCGGCUGCUCGUGCGUCUUUGCAAGGCCUUCACCAUUCUAGUAACAGGGAUGAGCAUUUCACAUUUGCUUGGUUGUUGUUUUACAGAAUGUUCUGAACUCCGCUGUUGUUCUGUCAUAUUUUCCCGCUUGGAUGUAACAGCUCCAAUCGCAUCUUGAUCUAGAUAGCCCCAACCGAUUGCCGAUGACGGACGGGAUUGUUAUGCUCAUCCUUGCUUCUAUAACUUCACUCGCUCUUCUUAUUCCAAGCAUUCCGCCUGCCGUUUCACUUUUGUUUUUGUAUGAAUAAUAUAGUGCGUACAAGCAAUUGUGGUGACGUAGCGCUUUGUGCUAAGCUAACGGGACCCCCCGCGUCCUUGUACUUGAUGAAGUCGGAGCACCUUGUGAUUGUAGUUGAGAAAGUAUAUCUUUUGUACCUCAUCGCUAGACUACAUUGACGUCCACAUUGUUUUGUUUUUUUCUGUGUUCAUAGCACUACUUGUGUUGUUUCUAUAAUCAUCUUAUCCAAAGUAGAGUUUGGCUUCUAGGAAGCUGUAGUCGUCACUUUUCUUUGCUUUGUAUUGUAUUUAUGACUGACACAAAUCGAAGAAAAUAUAUCUAUAUAUGUACAAAUGCCUUGUUGCACAAGUGGCGGUGUUUUUAUUAAAAUAACGCUUCUUAAAAUCA